AUGAGGGCUAUUUCUCUACUGUCCCCGGUGCUGCUAGCUGCGCUUGCAGUCGCAUCUUCCGAAUCGGACAAAAAUGCAACCGAGGGGCCGGCUGCGGUCAGUACAGCCAACGUCCUGGCUGCUAGUGCAGCACAGGAAUCAGCAGCAACAGGCGACGGCAGCAACAGUGCGACACAAGAGCAGGGUGCAGUGAGCGCAGCCAACAUCCUACCUGGUACUGCAGCGCAGGAACCGGCUGUAACUAGAGACGACAGCAACAGUGCACAAUCCACAGUGGCAGAAAGUGAGCAAAGCACCGAUGGAUUUGACAUUCCAGUUCCAACACUUUCUUCCUUGUCUGUGGGUGAUAUUCCUGUCCCGACCGUUUCACUUCCCGUCACGGUCAAGGUUCCCACACCCUCGACAGCCACCAAAGAGAUUACAGUAUCAAAAACCACAGUAUCAGAAACCACAAUAUCAGAAAAGAGCGCAGAGUCGACGUCCACGCCGUCCGUGAGCAACGCGGGCCUUGACUCCAUUGAAGACCUCAUAGAAGGUGUGCUGGGUGGCAGCAGUUCUGGUGGAUCUUCUAUCUCUGGACUCUCGGAGAUCCAAGAUGGCAUCAAGAAUGUUCUGAGUCUGUUCACGCCAUCCUUUAUCACGGAUGCCACUUCUCUAGUCAGCCAGGCUUCCGGGUUUUUUGACAAUGACACGAUGCAAGAUACGAAGGCCAUGAUCAGCACCCUGGCUAGUAUCAAACCAAUGCUCUCGUCGGGAAGUGAUAGCGGAGUUAACGGGCUCACAUCAAUGUUCGCAAACGGGACAUUCUUCAACGACAUCGACAAUCUCUUGAAGAGCAUCGCUGCCUUACCAGCCAUAUUUGCCGAGAUCGUCGACGUGCUGACGAGCGACGAAGUCCGGGAAUUCCUUCAGGAGUUCCCAGAAAUCAUCGAUAAGGUCCUGCCAAUCCUGAAUCCAGAAUUAAUCAAGGCCCUAGAGUCACUGAUCACGGACAACCUGACACCGGAGCUGGUGAAUGACUUGUCAUCAACUCUGUCUGCCCUGCGUCCGCUACUCCAUGAUAUUCAACCUAUCCUGUCGAACCAGACCAUGGAGCCACUCCUGAAUCUUGUCAAGACCAUCAUCUCACCGACGUUCAUUAAUGAGAUCGAGGAGGUGUUGACGGCUUUGCCACCACUCAUUAAGGACAUCUUGCCUCUUCUUGGGUCUGAUAUCAUCACCCCGCUAGUGAACCUUCUCAAAGAGAUCCUCACUCCUGAGUUCAUCAAGCAGAUCUCGUCCUUGCUGAGCGACCUGCCUGAGCUAUUCAACACUCUCGUGCCGUUAAUCAAACCGGUGGAGGAACUUAUUACGGAGAUUGUGACACCGGAAUUCAUUAGCGAGAUCGGGUCAUUGAUCAAAGCUCUGCCACCAAUUGUCAAGGAACUUAUACCUCUCCUUGAGCCUCUCGGGAAUCUGAUCAAGGAAGUCUUGACACCGGAGUUUGUGAACGACAUCAAGUCAUUAAUCCAGGCAGUGCCAGGUCUUUUGGACACCAUUCUGCCACUGGUGCCAAAGGUUGAGGACCUACUCAACAAGGUUCUAACGCCAGAGCUCUUGAAUGCGCUCGAAUCGGUUCUGGACGCCGCACCCGAGUUGUUAAACAGUCUACUACCGCUUGUGCCGGACUUGGUAAACCUGAUUAAGAAGAUUCUGACACCGGAGCUCCUGCAGACCCUUGAAUCGGUUCUCGAUGCGGUACCGGGGCUUUUGAAUAGUUUGCUACCGCUUGUGCCCGAGUUAGUGAACUUGAUCCAGAAGGUUCUGACACCGGAGCUCCUGCAGGCGCUUGAAUCGGUUCUCGACGCCGUGCCAGGGCUCUUGAAUAGCCUGUUACCGCUUGUGCCGGAGUUGGUGAACCUGGUCAAUAAGGUUCUCACACCGGAGAUCAUACAGGCCCUUGAGUCGCUCCUCGACGCUGUACCAGGGCUCUUGAAUACUCUGCUACCGCUCGUGCCGAAGCUUGAGGACUUACUGAAGAAGGUUCUCACACCGGAGCUUCUGAACGCGCUCGAAUCAGUUCUUGAUGCUGUGCCAGGGCUGCUAAAUAGUAUAUUACCGCUUGUGCCGGACUUGGUCGACCUGCUUAACAAGGUUCUCACACCGGAGCUCCUGCAGGUCGUUGGGUCGGUUCUCGACGCAGUACCAGGAUUGUUGAAUACUCUAUUGCCACUCAUACCUACGCUGGAGGAGGUGCUGCAGCAGAUCCUGACUCCGGAGUUAUUGUCGGCCGUCCAAUCGCUCAUUGGUAAGGUCCCUGGCCUUAUCAACACGCUACUGCCAUUGAUACCAUCACUUGAGGACCUGAUCGUCAAUAUUCUCACGCCGGACUUCAUCAGCGGGAUUCAGAAGGUCCUGGCCGCAGUUCCUGGAUUACUCAACGCCCUUUUACUCUUGCUGCCACCCAUUGAAGAGCUCAUUCCGAAGAUCCUGACCCCUGACUUCAUUUCUUCCAUUGAGUCAGUGCUCGCUGCGGUCCCGUCGAUUAUACAGGACGUGCUGCCAUUGCUACAGGGCGAUAUCAUCAAGUCAUUGGUACAGAUUGUAACCGACAUCGUCACUCCUGAGUUCAUCAGCGAUAUCAGCGGUAUCGCCGGCCUCAUCCCGCCGUUGGUGCACGACCUUGUUCCAAUCUUCAACCAAGAUCUCAUCACGGCGGUUGUGAAUCUGCUGGAGAGCGUCAUAACCCCAACGUUCAUCAACGAUCUGACCUCUCUGAUCAACGCAGUAAUCCCAGUGGUCAAGGACAUCAUUCCGAUCAUUGGAAGCGAUGUGGUGAAGAAUCUGGUUGUAGGACUGCCAGAUAUCAUCAACGGUAUACUGCCGAUCCUGAAUGUGGACAUUAUUCUGGCACUCGAAAAGGCUCUAGCUGGGCUUGUCACUAAGCAAUUCGUGACCGAUGUCGGCACCGUCCUGGCAGCGGUACCACCACUGCUGCACAGCCUAGUCCCCAUCUUUGGCACAGAGCUUCUUGGGCCUGUGGAGAAUGUCAUAUCCACACUGCUGACGCGAGACUUCCUGGGAGAGGUUGGUGGACUGGUUGACACGGUGCCACCCCUUCUCAACGAGACCAUGCCGUUGUUCCACCAAGACAUUAUCGUUCCAGGAGAAAAUGUUCUCAAGGAACUCAUCACCCCCGCGUUUAUGAAUGACAUUGGGUCGGUGCUCAAUGAAGCCCCCGCCAUUGUCGAGAGCUUGAUUUCCGUCGUUGGUAGUGACGCUGUGAGCUCACUGCUGGACGCCGUGCCGAAGGUUCUGAACAGCCUUUUGCCACUUCUGAAUGGAGAGCUCAUAUCGAACAUUGUGAACGAUCUGACUAGCAUUCUAACUACCGACUUCAUGAAUGAUAUUGGCACAAUUCUCGCUUCAAUACCGGGCCUUGUACACUCUAUCCUACCCAUAUUCACGGGAGACACGCUCACGACACUGGUGCAAAGCCUCAUUCCAUUGAUCAAAGCGGUUGUCGCUUUGCUACCGCUACUGACCAAUAUUUUGGCAUCUGUAUGA